UAGAUCUACUACAGUAAACUUGACUCCUGACUUGAGAAACGCUUGUUCGAUCGGCUGGUGAGUUCCUUUUUGCAUUUCCACAACCUCCUCGCCGGAUCUACCGUGGGGUUGUUGCUCAGCACGCAACUGAGUCUUGAGACGGCGUGUGCGUGCUAUAAGGUUAGUUGGAAGGGGUGAUUCCUGGAUAAUCCAAGACUCGUGUAGCGUGUCCGCAGGCGGUUACAUCGCGCUUCAUUUCUCGCAACAUUUGUCUCGUCGAGUGGUGGACCUGCGGGCCGCACAAUCGUAGUACUUGGAAUUAUCAGCGACACGUUCCUUCAGUCAAGGUUCGCGGCUCGUGAGGGACGCACCUAGUUUCCAGCGCCUUGGCUAGAUAACAAUCUUCCUGAGCGACCCCGGAAAAGAAGGUAUAAAGAGUCUGCUGUUGCAGCGAAGAUAGCCAGAUCAGAAAAUUCCUCUGCACAAUGACCGGGAUGAAUGCUUUCUGGUGAAAACUGCUUGCGUUUCAUCAACUGCCACCGUCAUGUCUUCUUCGAGCAAAGAGGACAGUAGCGAAGCGGCCCAGGCGAGCAACGCGGGUGCCGAGUUCCUUGCCUUGGUGAAAUGUGGAGAUGAGCAUGCAGUGACUGCGGAGCUCGGCAAACAUGGCACGAAGCUGUUCGACAUGGCCGACAAGAAUGGCCGUAGCUGUGUACAUAUAGCAGCUCGGGAAGGUCAUAUUCGUCUGGUGGAGAUCAUGACAUGGAAUCAUUAUGACCUCAACACGCCAUCUAAGGUGACGGGCCAGGCUGCUGUACAUGAGGCUGUCUGCGGUGGACAAGUACGCAUGCUACACUUUCUGCUAGCCAUGGGUGCCGAUGCUCAGCAAGGUGAUAAGGAUGGUUUAUUACCACUGCACAUAGCGGCAAGAGAAGGCCAUGACCCAUGCAUAUCGGUACUACUAGCCGUCGGCUCAGACGUCAACACAGUCACAGUGUCAGGAUACACUCCGGCACAUUAUGCUGCGGCCAAGGGACGGAUGGACACACUACAACUACUGCAAAAGUCUGGUGCCAACCUAACUGCCAAGGCUAAGGAUGGGUAUUUACCAGUAGAGUUUGCAAAGGCUAACAAACAGUCAGAGUGUGCCGAAUACCUGGACAAGAUGAAACUGGAUGACGGCAACCUUCCCGACAUCGAGUCCCGAGAAGCGCUGUCAGCUCGGGUGAAGGCGGCGGAGGAUAAAGUGGACUCAGUGAAAGAGAAGAGCAAGGUGCUGCUGCAGUCCAAACAUGAAGAAUGGAUGCAACAUGUGAGAAAUAUCAAGACACAACAGAAAAAGCGCACUGAAGCACUGCGACAAGACCUAGCUGAUCAGAUAGAGGAGUUCAAAAGCAGGAAUGCCACCGAGAUGACCGACUUGAAACAUGCGCUAGAAGAAAGACAGCGGCUUCUUGCUGACAUGGACACUGUUCGACAACAGUGUCAUUGCAACCUGCAAUGGCCGCAGCAGGAGCAUACAGCACGGGUGGAUCACCAUGGUCGACUGCCAAACGUCGACGAAAACCUGCCGUCGCCCACUCAGACACAGCGAGGCAGGAUAGGCAGCGUAGGUCGGCAGCAACGCGUGGACAGUGCCGCGCUGUCUACGGAGAAACAAUCGAAGAAGACCAGCAAGCGUUCACCUCGUCCAACGUACUCCGUUGACGAUGACGGAAUGGCUCCACCACAGUUCUCCCGCGGCACCGGCGGUGGGGGAAGAAGUAACCCGGAUGAACGGCUGACAGUGCCGGAUAUUCUGCCCAUACUAAGCCUGAACGGGUCGGAGAAGGUCGGCCUCGCCUCGUCCUCGCUUGUCAACAUGCAUGCACCGCCCUCGCCCGGUAUCCUACGCUCGCCCCGCAUUUCGCGCAGCUCUCAUUCGGCAACACAACGAGUGGACACACCGGCACCACCAGGGCCCGGCGGACACUCAACGCCCACGCUGGUACGCAGCCAGCUUUCCGUCGACUCGCCAAACUCGAUGAGAAGUCCGUCGCUCAGCGAUCUACACGAGCAGUCGCUACGCAGCAACGAGAGCAUGCACACGCAGAAGAAGCUACUGGAGAUGGACGUACGCAAGCCGAGCCCGCACCCGUCUCGCCGCUCGCCAUUGGUGGAUUCCACCGUGCCAGUCAGCGCUCAAGGAAAAAACACCAUAUCACCUCAGAUGAACGCCCCCAACCGGGGCCUGUCACCGGGCAGCUUGCCACACAUGUCUGAUCACCUAUCCUGAGCAAAAUGCACAGGAGAGAAAACACAGCCAGUUCUUCACAUACCAGCAGCACGUUGCCACUCAACACACACACACACACACACACACACACACACACACACACACACACACACACACACACACACACACACAUUGAUCGCAGGCCACCACCAUACGCAUGACCGGUGUAUAUAAGAGCUGUUGUAAUGAAAGUAUCCUAUAAUAUUAUGACAUCGCUUUAAAAUACAGUGAUACAAGUGUUGCGAAAAGGAGUGUUGACCACUGGAAAGUAACAAGGCUUCAGUUUGAGAGUUAGUGUGUAGAACUUGUUCACUAGUUACUGAUUUAUAGCACUAACUUGUUCUGUUUUCACAAUACACUCAUUGUUGGUCCCGGUGAUAUCCUCCGGUACCAAUGCAUACGACACUGAGCUCCAUGUUACACUCCUGGUCAGAGAAAUCCAGCCUCAUGAAUAUAAUAUCGCCGAGGGCUUAUGACCUAGCACCACACACACACACACACUACACGCACGCACACACACACACACACACACACACACACACACACACACACACACACACAGCACUCUGCUCACUUGAGCCCAGCGCUACCUAAGUCCUUAUUGAUGAGGUUGGAUUUCUCUGGCCAGAACUCUACAUUGAUAACUGCACUCAUAGAUCCGAUAUUAUAACUGCUUUACUAGUAUCCCCUAUAAUUAUGUGCUUUGAUCCACAGCGUGGCCAGGUGCCCUGCAUUCCAUGCUUUUGGUGCUUUCCCUUGAAACGUGCUGGCGAUGA